AUGCCCCCUAAAGUAGUAUCUGGUAAAGCUGCCAAGAAGGCCUCCAAGGUGAAGCGUCCUAAGACGGACAAGAAGAAGAAAAGGAGGAGGAAGGAGAGCUAUGCCAUUUACAUCUAUAAGGUUCUCCGCCAGGUCCACCCCGACACCGGCAUUUCCUCUAAAGCCAUGUCUAUCAUGAAUUCCUUCGUGAACGAUAUCUUCGAGCGCAUUGCCGCCGAGGCCAGCCGCUUGGCUCACUACAACAAGAAGUCAACAAUCACCAGUCGUGAGGUGCAGACUUCAGUGCGUCUCCUACUCCCUGGAGAGCUGGCCAAGCAUGCAGUGUCCGAGGGCACUAAGGCCGUGACCAAGUACACUGGCUCAAAGUAG